AUGGUCGACUUUGCGGAGGCAAUUGAGGACUGCCGGCUUAUGGACCCAGGGUUCGAUGGGGCGGAUUUUACUUGGGCCAAAAACGGACUAUUUGAACAGUUGGAUAGAGUGCUUGUUAAUGAGGCUUGGACUAGGGUCUUUGAGGCUACCUGGGUAACGAACCUCCCACGGAUCGCCUCGGAUCAUGGACUAGUUCUAGCACGAUGCAAAAUGCCGAACAUCGCCAUCGGGGGCAAGGCAUUCAGGUUCCAGAACAUGUGGAUCCGGUAUGAAGGCUUUUUGGCUAUUGUGCAGAAUGCUUGGGAGGAGCCCAUGGGGGCGACCAGUAUUCUAAACAUCCAAAUUAAACAUGCCAGAGUUAAAAAAGCUUUAAAGAAGUGGAACAAAGAGGUUUUUGCGAACAUCCACGCCAAUGUCGCGAACAAGGAGGAAGCUAUUGUCGUGGCCCAAUCCAACUUCGAGGUUUUGCCUACGCCAGUGAAUAGGACGGUGAUCAACAAGCACAUUGUCGAGUACAUCCUCCUGCUGAGAAUGGAAGAGGAUUUUUGGAGGCAAAAGGCAGCCUUGAGAUGGCUAGCCGAGGGGGACAAGAACACCCGAAAAGCUGUUAUUGUGAAGACACCAGGUGAGCCUAUGAAUCAUGACUACUUUGCAACUUGUAAUCAGGCAACAUUAGGGCAGAAAGUGCUCCAGGGCAAGUCCCAAGUAGUGCAGGAUGAACUUUCUAGGCUUGGUGAAAAGUUUAUUCAUAGUUCUGAGGGUACAAGAGCUUUAGCUCGGAAACUUUACCGUGAACUUGACGAUAAAUUCCUCCAGCAUGGUCUGAACUCAGGGAAUGGCAGAAGAAGACAUGCGAUUUAA